AACCGUGAAGUGUACCGAACGGUCAAAAUUUCAGUGAUCCCCGCACAAUAAACUGAUGAUUCCAUCGGCUGUUUGGUCGGAUGCACGUCUGUUUACCCUGUGAGUGCAGGCGGCGGCAUACCCAUCCUGGCAGCCCCUAUUGAUUGUGCAAGGCGAACGCAGCGGCGGCGCUGGUGUAACGAAGAGACGCCCGUCGCUUUUCCAACAAGCAGUAGACCUGUUGGCGUCGACGAACGUGGACUCUCGUUCCUAUGGCCUAAGGACGCACUCCCGCACAAACAGCGACUGACAACCUACCACUGAAGAGUUUCGCCACUUCUGUGUAGCACAGAUUUCAUAUUAAUAUGACAACGGAGGAUAAUGGAAACGUGGGUUACAUGAAGCCGACAUCGAGCAGUAACGAAGACUUGAGCGAGUAUACAGAUGCUGACGAGAGUAUUUCGGCGCCGACUGAGUUUCUGGCCGAGUUUCUAUCAGCAGUAAUGCUAAAAGACUACGUCACAGCACUGAAAUAUUGUAAAUUAAUAUUACAAUACGAACCGAACAAUUCCACGGCCAAAGAGUUUUAUCCUCUCAUACUCGAGAAACUCCAACAAAACGUUCUAGAUGCAGCGUCCGUUGUAAAGGACGGGAACGACAGCGAGAGCGAAGAAGACGAUGGGAGUGAGGAAAACAGUUCCAGUUCAGAAACGGAAAGCAGCACUGAUGAAAGCAGCGAAGGACAAGAGGAAGAAGAAGUUGGCGUGGAUAAUGCGGGUGAUAAGCAAUCCAAGGGUUCUUCGGAAGGCGACGGCACAACCGGCAGUUACUCCAGCCUGGAAGACGACGAAGCCGAGACCAUUGACCAACUGGCAGCCCUAGCAGCUCGCUACCAAAUCGAUAACGUCAAUCUCGGCAAUGGAAAUAAGAUCUACGAGACAAGUUUGGGCUCACAAUUCAAGAAUACAAACAUUGGGAAGGCGACAUUAAAUACAGGAGGUAAUCAGUUACCUUUCGGCACGAGUUCAGAUUCGGAAUCGCCGACGGAACCGGUCAGUCAGCAAACUGUCGCGAUGCUCAGGGCUAGAGUGGUGCCAAACAAAAUAUAAAAACCCUUACAUUUCCCCUAUGUUUGACUUCACCUAAUGUAAUGUAGGACAAUAUCCCGACGGUCGAUUUAUGUUGUUUGUUAUUGUGUUUGAUUAAUAGAUAUUUGACGAGAGAAA